AUGGCUAUUAUGAGGACAAACGAUAGAUCCUGCAGUGAACUUGUGAAUGCUCUGUUAAGUGCAUGUACCAACACACUAACAUCUGUUGGCCUUACAUGGAAGCAGCGUUGGGAUGGGUCACUUUAUGAAAUAUUAGCCACAGAAUAUGGUCUUAGUGGCCUACCUAUGGAAUUGGUCAUGUAUGAGUGGCCUAGAUCUGUUCUUUCUUUGUGGCAGCGUGCACCUGUCAAUUCAAAAUUAAAUGAUUCAAAUGAGCUAACACAUGCUACACCUUUCCCUCCAACUGCACCAGCAUUGGUUGCUUAUAAAUUAGCUGCUGCUUACGGGAACGGGCUUAGCGAAGUGAAAUCAAUGCAAAAUUCUGAUAGCCAGCAGCAAAAAAUCUCAAACAUCGAUUCAGAAGUUUUCAAAAGUGAUUAUGCAAGCACGAAUAUAAGCGAGUUCUCUGCAGCGGAUGAAUUGGAUUGGCUUGAGCUUUUUAAUUUAUCAGAUUAUGGGAAGGAGUCAUUUGAAAAUAGUAACGAAGUUUCAACAAACCCCAUCAUAUAUCCUCCAAAUACAAAAGUAGCAGCCAGUCGGUUUUCUGCAAAUUGUGCCUCCAGUUCUCAACGUGAUUGUAAAUAUCAAACACUAGUAACAGCUACACAAUUAAGCGGUUUAUUUGAGACAGAGCCAUUAACUUUCACUAUUAUAUGUGCUUCAGAUCAUGUCAAAAUGGAAAAUUCUGAGACUGGAACUGUGACAGAAAUUGGUUGUACACUAGCACCAAUUGGUCAUACAGAAAAUGAAGGAUCAGUACCUCUCAAAAUUAUGGAUAUCAGUCGAACCAUAUCAAAUGAAAUACCAAGUUAUGUGGUCGGAAAUGAUUCCGUAUCUCGAAAACCAGGAUUGCAAGAUUUAAGCGCAGAUCUAAAUGCUCGUAUGACGCUUAUUGCCAUGGAGCAAGCGGAAACAAAGGAAGGUUCUGCGGUUGGGAAUAGUGAUCAUAAUAUGCAAACAUCUAAAACCACUACUGCGGGAAAUGUUGAUACUGUUCCACAAGGUUUCGCUACUCAGGGAUCAUCAGCAAGCACAUUUGGUAUUCCAACUACACCGAAAACGACACCUUUCAUGACUCCGACUCCUCUCUCCCCUUCUCAUCUUUCACCCACAAACUCAGGGCCAGAUUUAGAUUAUGUGAUGGAAACUGAGCCAACGAAUUUGAUGUUAUUUCAUGUGGUUUCGCACAAUCUGAAUGAAGGGCUUCAUGAAAAUAAUAGUCGAGGAAAUGAUUUACGUUCACAAAUUCCAUCAUUUAUACCUGCAUUUUCUACUGAAACUUUUAAAAUGCCAUCACAAAAAGUUUUGUUGAUGGAAAGAGUCAGUUUUGGCUCUAAAAAAUUUGUUAUAUUGGAUUUUGGAGCACCAGUUCUCUUGACUGACUUUUUUAUUCCAUCAGUAGCAGAAUUGGCAGCAAUUUCUAUAAAUGUAUGGCUCUUGGGCGAAAAUGUUGAUGGACAAAGAUUAUUAAUGACAACUGAUAUUUGUCGGAGAAGCAUUGCAAUACAAGAUCUACAACCUUUAAUGCGAAUUCGGUUUAUGAAAAUAACUUAUGUGGGACGGCAGCUCCACAAUUCUUGUAAGAUACCUAUUGGUAUGUUUUUCGGACAUCGUUACUUUUCAUCAUGGCAAAUUCACUCAUCUCCAUUCAUGCAGAAAGAGUAUUUCACUCAUUACUCGUCAAACAACCAGAUUCAACAAAGAAAAACAGCAGCUAUAGUAAAUCAGUUGAGACAGCUUUGUGAAGAUUUGCGCUGUAGACAUCAGCUUGCUAACGCGGAGUUACGCCGUUUAGUAAAUGAAUUUGCCCGUGAGGAUGAAGUAAAGCAAAUAUACCGUGAAUGCGCUGAAAUCAGUCUGCAGUGGAAUGUUGUAGUGAGAUUGGUUCACCGUUUGGAGCUGGAUCAUGUAUUGUCAUGUGAUUCUGAUCAAAGUUUGGAGAAUGUCUUAUAUGGGAAUUGGGAUAACUGCUGUCCAGAUCAACUACAAACCAUCGCAGUUGAAUUGUUUGCUCUAAUAACUCAAGCAACUCACUUAAUUGAUGUGCGAGCAAUCGCAGUGGAAACAUUUGCCUCUGAUCAUAAACUUGUAGACCAGAGCUGUCAUCCUAGUGAAGCAAAAUAUGCCCGACUGAAAAGUAAAAAAGCUCAAAGGAUAAUUGUAACUCCAUCAUUUACUGAAGACGUUGUUUUGCAACCGAAAUUCAAUUUGGAUAAUGCUGUUACAUUUUUUGUCCUGUUUUGCAUUCCAGCCGUACCAAAACUACAGGUUGGCUGCAUCACCUGGCUUUUCUAUCAUGGUUCUGAAUGUGAUUGGUGGCCUUUAUUUUUUCCUCGUGUUUUGAAAGAAAUCCUUUCUGCACAAUUUAAAAAGAAUGACCAUAGGUAUGGCGCUGCUAUUAUACUUGAACUUUUCAAUCUCAUCAAUGAAGUAGCAAAUAGUGUUUUAAAUUAUGAAACAGUCAAGUAUCAUUCUCAACCCAAGCUUAAUGUUACCUUACUUUGUUGGUCACUAAUGCUUGUUUCGAGUGCAUUCGACGUUGUCGCUUCCAGCAAAAAGAAAAGUGAUCGUUGGACAUUCAUUGGAGGAGAGUCUUCACGAAAAACAUCAAACGAACAUGACAGUUCUAGUCUAAAAGUCCAUAAAAAGAAAGGGCAUAAAUUUGGUAACGGAAAUGAAAAGCAACCAGAACUUGUAAAAAACAGUAACUCUAAGACCUUGAAAACUGAACUCGACUCAUUAUGGGACAAGCACUUUAAAGUGAUGGAAGCAAUGAAAGCAGCGAAAAUGAAGAUGUCUAAGGCUUUAAGUGCCAAAAUACAAAAGAAAAUUGAGGUGGGAAAGAAAGUUAACAGUUCACCCCCACAUAAGAUGAGUUCGGCUCCAGCUGCUAGCGACAAGACAGUGGAGCUGACUCAGUUAGAAAACAAGCUCUUGGCAUUCUUUGCUGAGGAGGAAGCUGAAGAAAUUAUGAAUGAGUAUUAUUUGGCCCCGGCACAAGCAAACGAUUUAGGUUCCGUCGAUUCAUCCGAGUCAGCUUUAAAAAAGGCAAUAUCAGGAGCUAACAAGAAUCAUUCGCGAUCUUGUCGAUCUAGAAGAUAUAAUAUUCGUUUAAAGCUCCCAGUUCAGUCAUGUGCAGAAGUUACAAAAAAUUUGGCCUCCUUACUGUGCAAUUUCAAUCAGGAAAUCCCAAUUCUGCCCAAAUUAUUGAUUUGCAAGAUUGUUGCACGCAUAUGCAUUGGCGUUUCUCACCAUACUAUUCCUUUAGUUUAUGUAUUGGAAGGUCAAAUUGACAAAUUUAUAAGGAUAGGAUUGGAAGAACACAGGACUGGUUUGUUGAAGUAUGCAAUAUUGCACUCGAUUUUGGAUGUUAUUGAAUCAGAAUCUCGUGCUAUUGCUAAAUCAUCUGUAUCAUCAGAAAAGCAAAUUAAAAAAGAGGGCGAUUCAAUACUCGAAGUGGAAGAAGAAUUGGAUGUGCUUUGUAUGCGUUAUACUGGAUGUCAUUUUGUUGAUCUUGCUUUCCAAGCAAAAUCCAAGAAUGACGCUUCUGAAGAUGUAGAAGGGCGAAAAUCGACUGGUAUCACGGCAAUUGUUUGUUGUCUUCCUGACGUGUUCAGCUCAGCGAAAACAUCUCCAGCCUUCAGUAUCGCAAAUUAUGAUGAGCAGCCGGAAUUAGGUUCAGAACAGUUAGAUCUGUUGAUAUCUCAGGCAUUGUUCAAUACUAGACAAGCAGUUAUACCAAAUGGUCCCAGUGAUGAAAUUCGAAUUCAUACUUACCGAACAAAGGCUAGAGAAAUUAUCAAGGAAAAGCUUUCUAAGGGCGAGAAAUUUUACUAUUUGUUUCGCUGGAUAGACGAUCUGCUAGAGAUAGAGGAACAAGCUGCUCGAUCUUGCAACGGUGAUCCAGAAACAUACGUAAAAAUGUUGAAUAGUCAGAUCUUACCGAGCAGUUCUUAUGAAGAACUCACAACUGUAUCAAAAUCUGCAUUUCUGGCUUGUUGUUUAUCAGAAUACCUAUACUCUAUGAAUGACCAACGAUGCGAAGAGUCAGUGCAUGGUUUUGGAAGUUGUUCCCCGGUAACAGGACCGAGAUCAAGCUCACCUUCAUCUUCCGGUUCUCCAAGAUCUCAUACAGAUGUGGAAAUGAAAGAAAGUGAGACAAAAAGCAUGCGGAGUGGUGAAGCUAUAAAAAUGUCCAAGAAUUUGGAUGACUUUGCCAAUUUGAUUUCUCAUAGUAUCACUGAAGCAUUAAGUUCUCCUUCUGAUUACAAUCUUCUCGAAGCUCAAUCUUCAAAAGUUUCGACUUCAGCUGCAAGUCCUUCUGCAGAAGAGCAGUGCUCUUCGGCUACCUCUAGUUUGUCAAAAAGUAAGAUAAGAAGAGCCAUAGAAAAAUGGGUCCCAACGAAAUGGAUGGCUAAAAUAGCUUUGAAUAAAGAAGAAUAUAUGGAGCAUAUAAUGGCUAGCUUUCUGAGUGAAUUACGAUUGACAAAAAAUAAUGUCUUGGUACAGCCUUGUUCUUUUUCAUAUGCGGAAUUCUUAGGUCAGCAGUUAGGUUUAAGUCAACAUAUCUGUUGCAUGAAUAUUGAUUUUCUUGCUGACCUGAUUACAAGGUAUUCUGUUCGAGAUCUUAGCAAAUGGAAAGUUUGUCUCCCACCUAAACUUCAACUUUCUGAUAACGAGAUUGUGCGCAAACAAAUAGGAGGAACUCUUAAGGCAGCCAAUAUUGCUCUGGGACGAUUUAUUGAGUCUAUAUCAUCAAGCGACUCUGUUGAAUUUGUGCAGAGACUUUUGAAUUUCUGCUUGGAUUUUGAUUCAGGACUUAUUCAUGCUACAAGAAAGUUGCCCACAACUAAUCAUCACUGCGUCCUUCCUGCUAAUUGCAUAACAUCUGUUGUAAACUACGCAGUAAUGUCAAAUUCACUUCCUGAACAUAUGUGGGCAGUUGUAUUGAAGAUAUUGGAUCUCAUUAUGAAGAAUAACAUUGGUCCUUCUACCGUAAAUGCCUUCAAAAAUUUUUCCAGACGACUCCAUGAGACGUCUGAUAUUGCUCUUCGAAGUGUUCUAUGCGUCAAAAUUCUCAGCAUUCUUCGACAUAUUUCUUCAGAACAGAGUGAUUUGAUUAAUUUUUUCUAUCCAAAUGACUGUUUGGUUGAAUUGCUGAGUAUUAUGUUGAAUUACACGGAUGACUAUGCCAGCGUAGCACCUCAAGAACUUGCUAGCUAUAUUUCAUCAUCGAUUCACGCAGCGUGUAACUUCAUCAAUCAAUUUAAAGCAUCUAAAGGCUGCAUAACACUAAUUUCUGCAGAUUCCUAUUAUCGACCGAACGUCUGCUUUCAGAUUACAUUAAAAAACGGUACAAAUGAAAAUGGUGACGCAUGGCCACAGCAGUCUGAAAUGUUGGGGCAUUACGGAGCUCUCUGGGCUCAUCAACAUCUUGAUUCAAAGAGGUCUGCUGCACCUGGUAGCGAGUCAUCAAGUUCUUGCCCUUGGCUUUCUCGUCGUCAGUAUCAGUCAAAUAUAUUUUGUGAGAUAGCUCGUUAUAUGGAUCGUUCAACAAAAGUGUCUGAUUAUUUAGUGCGCAAUUUUCCUGCAGCUAUCGAGAAAUUAUUUGAAAUUGUUGCAUCAUGUGAAAGUGCAGUUCCGGAUAUAAACUUAAUUUCGAUGGAAAACUGGACCUGCGUAACUUUAGGUGAUCAUGCGCUAUUUAUUUUAUUGAAAAUAUCACAAGAGACACUUGAAACUAAACUCUUCUGUGAAAUAGCUGUGAGAGCAAUAAAUCAAUGCACGAAUCCACUCAGUAGUUCAAUUUCGAAGCCUCUUGCAUUUGCCUUCGUACAAGUGCUAAAGCAUAAGUAUAACCAAGCAUGGUUUGCCAGACUUGGGGGUCAUUUAAUCGUAGCGCGUGAAUUGGAGCGUUCUAUAUUGUCAUCAGCAAAUGAUUGGACAGCUCCGGUCACUGCGUCGCUGAUGCGACAGCUUGCUUCACUUUCUGCUCAAGUAGCUGGAAGUAGCAAUCAAGGAUGGCCAACGUCAAAGUUACUUGCAGAUGGGCGAGUAGAUGCUCUACAAAAUUAUGCGCCAUAUUGUAAACGUGCGAUAAGUUCUGAUAGAGCUCCGAACGUUUGCGGACAACUGUCGUCGCUUAUUGGCAUUGCUGUACCACGUCGUACUCGCUCCGCUAAUUGGAGUUAUCAUUUUACUGAAGGUGGUGGCGAAUGGUUUGAUAUCACUCUGACUCUACCUCACCAUAUUAUUUUGCACGAAAUACAAAUACGACCUCAUGUUCCUGCUCUUAGCACAGCUCCUGCGGCAGUUCAUCUUGAGCUAUGUUCGGACGCGUCUUUAAAUCAGUGGUGUAAUGUAGGCGCACCACUUAACACUACGGGAUAUAGCAAAAUUCGCAUUUCUACUGAGUCAUUUAAACUACCUGUCAUUGCUGUGCGCUUGUAUCUCAAAAAACCACUAGACUCACCAAAUUUAUCUUUGUCACAAAUAUUGCUAUUUGGAAUGGAUUUUACCAGUUCCUUGUCUCGAACCUGUACAAAAAAUACAGAUUUUGUGCAGUGGCUGUCCAUUAUGGUGCAGUUAUGUAAUUUCAAAAAGCGCUUCAUAUGGCAGUGUGCACCAGAACUUCCACGUGCAGUUAUAGCUCUUUUUUUGGGCCGUCCUCUUUCUUGUCUGAUUUACUAUCGGGUCACAGAGUUGCUUAAUCACUUGGACGAUGAACAAGAAGAACUACAUUCUGUUAUUAAUUUAGUUUUCCACUAUACAGGUCAAGGUAAUAUUGUUACGAACGAAUCUUUGGAAUGGCUUCCAGAUCUGCUUUUUACUCUUUGUGCACGAAAGUCAACACGACAAGCAGAUCACGAAAUAUCUAUUAUCAAACAGGGUCAACUUCUUCGUGGUGUUGUUUCUUUUAUUACUUCACAGAACUGCAAGAAAUCAUCCCGAGAUGUGAUUGCUGUUUUGAUUUGGACUGCUUCUUGCGUUAUUUGGCAUAAUAUUAAUGUGGAAGAGCGUCGUUUUGCUACGUUGGCUAUAUGCAUGGAUUUAGCUCCGCAUUUACUGCCAUUCCUUUGUGAAAUGUCAGUCGAUACUAGUGAACACUGUAAUGAUACAUUAGCGAAAUCGGCUUCUUGGAUGCUAUGUUCCCUAGUGCGUGGUGCUCCGUACUUGUUAGGAACUGUAUUGAAAGAAAUUGGAUUGCUAGAUGGAAAUAAUAAACCGACAAAAGAUAACAUAACUCACGAUGCGUUCUGUGUGGUUCAGCGCAUGUGCCAAUCUAAAACUGCCAUCUCGAAACUUCAUUCAUUUGGUUUAUUCGAAAACUGGAUUGAGUUGAUUAUUACAUACAGUGAAGAAGCGAGCAUGGCUCAUAUGUCAUUAUUGGUCUCCAUGGUUCGAUGUAUAGCUUCUUUAUGUUGCAUUGAAGAUGUUGUCAAAUCUUUGGAUUCUAUCGGUGGUUUUCGUUUUUUUAAUUCCCUUAUUAAAUGCGUUGUUCGGUGUACUUCAUUACCUGGCGACAUGGUUCGUUCAUCAAAUAAACAAAGCAUCAAAUUGGAAGAAGCAACAAUCAGUUUACUUUCGCAAUGUAUAACUGUUAAUGGAGCCCAUCGUGAGCGCAUUGCUCAUGUGCUGUGCUCUUUACUUAAAAGCAUUGGCAGUUUGAAUAGUGCCAUUCAGCAGAUGGUCUUAAAAUGUAUUUUUGAUGAUGAGGUACUUCCUGUGAAAGUAGUUGAUGAAGAUAAUACCUCAAUUUGCUUUUUGUCGUUCGACAUUCCAAAUCGCAUUCUUCAUCCAUUCUUUGGUUGCACGCGUAGAGAACGCUUCUUAAAAGUAUCCUUAUAUACUUCUUUAGACGAAAUAACUGCAUUAUCUGAGCAUAAAAAUUCAACUGACUUGCAUCAGCUUGGGAAACUUCCUGCAUCCGCACUUGAUUCUCCUCAAUUAUCAUCUGUUCUGAAUAAUGAAGCAAAGUUACCUCAUCCAUUUUCUCGCCUAACACUCAAGAAUGGGGAUGGUGUGACACAUAUGGAAGGAAGCUGGAAAGUCGGGCAACUUCUAGGAGAUCUGUUUACUUCUGGCCGUUUGACUUGCUCAGCAUGGAAGUUAAAAAUGGAGGGUAAAGAUGUCCUGAGAUCAUUGAUUGGAGACAGUGCUGAUGGCUUCUAUACUCUUGUUCUAUCGUUUGUCGUACGUUCAGCUCGAUUUACUCAAGAUUCGUUGGAACCAAAAACCACGUCGUACGAGAAGCCAAAAAUAACCCUCACUGAGCAGACAUCAACUCUGCAGUAUUUCGCACGAGCAAAUGGCCUGGCACUUCUGGCUCAACAUUUGCAACUUCAUCAUCCUACAGCGAAUACUCCACCUGCUACUUCCUCAUCUAGUAAGGCAGCAAGAAAGCCAGCCGAUCAGCCAUGGUUAAUGGAAAUACCGGAUUCAUUUGCUGCAGCAGAGCUUGUGCCUCAUUGUUAUGCUUGUCCAACAUCGAUUUUUUCUUCCGAAUCUGCAACUGGAGAACCAGUUUAUAGUAGCUUAUAUGUACCUGUUUUUGGCGGUGAGACUGAUCAUAAUUAUGAAGACUUCGAAUACAUCGAAACUGUUGCAUCAGCAGAUGCCAAAGGAUGGACGUAUUAUCCUUUGUUCUCGCAGACAGAUAACUUUGGAAAUUAUGUGUUGCCAAAAAAAUCCCGAAGAGAUAUUUCCCAACAGAAUAAUCGGGUAUUACCUACGGGAUUAUCCUCGUAUGUGAUUGUGGCUUUCAGUAUUUUUUUAAAAUUGGAAGGAUAUGCAGAAUUAUUAGUAACUUAUGAUCGUGGACGUGCUAAAAACCUUCUACGAUUAGCGAUGGGUGUUGUCACUCAUGAAACAUCAGCGGUAAGGAAAUCAAAUAUAUUUCAUAAAAUUGUUCACUUUAAAUCGCAGUCGGAUCAGAAAUCGGAUCACGAAAAUCUUGGUUCAUUACCAUUUUUAGUUUUGGAGCAGUUAUUCAAUAAGUUUUCGACGGAUACACUCGCUGGGAAAUCAUUAAGAGAAGAUGCAAUAACAUUCGGAGUUUUGGAUGUUUUAUUAGAUUGUUUGGCUCACUACACACAUCAAAAACAUAAGGAAGAAACUAUAAGACCAAUGUCUUUCCCGCCAGCUCCGGAGGCGGCUGUGUUAUUUCGAAAAUUAUUGCAAGGCUCGAUGGAAACAGAACCGUUACAGAAUGAGAGAACCAAUCAUGGCAAGACUAGAGGUGAACGCGUAAAUAGUUUUGGGAGUUCAGAAUCAACAGUUGGACCUACUUCUACUGCGCAACACUCCUUCUGGGCUAAGGGCACUGGAUUUGGAAGUGGCACUACGCAGCAGCAAUGGAAUGUUGAUUUGCACGUUAUGAAGAGAAAGCAAGACGAACAGAAUGUUACUUAUUUGUUGCGGGUACUAUCGAGCUUUAUACAUCCAAAAAUCAGUGAAUAUCUUAAAAUGCAGCUUACUACCGCAUCUGUGAUUAAUCACUCCAUAUUUGCUCCUCUGACGUCUUUGGAUUCGAAUGAUAUGGAGUUCUGUGUUCAGAACACUGAUGUGAUGCUACCAUCGCUUCAUUCAGAUUCAUCGGUUCAGGAUCUAUCAGAAGAGGUUACACCAAUUGUUUCAUCAAGUUUUAGAGAUUGGUCUCUAAACUCAGCAAUAGUAAAAAUGAUAUCUCGUUCUUGUUUGCUACCAACUAUUAAAGCAUAUCUUCGAAAUGAUUCUGGUGUGAAAGAGGUACCAGAAAGUUCACCAAGUGAUGAAAAAGAUGCAAUUACAGAUGAGGAGAAAUAUAUCAAGGUUAUGAAGAAGUUGCAGUUCGAAACUAUACCAUUCUUCGCAGAAAACUCGUUCAUUCCUUAUCAUUAUGAAAGCUCGCUUACCUCCGUUGGUACCAGUAGUUCUUUAGGGAAACGGACUAGACGAUUAGCACAAGAAAUUGUUACUUUGAGCAACUCAUUACCACUAAGUUCUAGUAGCUCUGUAUUUGUUCGCGCUUGCGAAGAGCGAUUAGAUGUAAUGAAGGUUUUAAUUACGGGUCCAGCAGAUACUCCUUAUAUGAAUGGUUGUUUCGAAUUUGAUGUAUGGUUCCCUAGUGAUUACCCAAAUUCACCUAUGCAUGUGAAUCUUGAAACAACUGGUAAUCAUACUGUUAGAUUUAACCCAAACUUAUACAAUGACGGUAAAGUAUGCUUAUCAGUGCUAAAUACUUGGCAUGGCCGUCCCGAAGAACGAUGGAAUCCAGAAACUAGUAGUUUAUUGCAGGUGAUCGUGAGCAUUCAGUCGCUUAUAUUUGUAUCAGAGCCUUAUUUUAAUGAACCUGGAUACGAGCGAUCAAAAUGUACUCAGGCGGGGCAGCAGGCAUCACGAGACUAUGAUGCUAAUAUUCGGCAGGCUGUUAUUAAAUGGGCAAUUCUCGAAAUGAUACGUCAUCCUCCGGUAGCUUUCACUGAUAUUUUGAGAAAGCAUUUUUGGUUGAAACGAAAUGAAAUUCAAUCUCAGGUAUCUAAAUGGAUUAGUGAGAUGGAACAAUCAGUGAGACAACAACGUGGAAACGGCCGGAGCCUACAUGGUCAUCUUGCAUCUAUGAAGAGGCAUGCCGCUGCAUUAGACGAUGAAUUCCGACGAAUGGAAUGCCCUGCAGAUCUCAUUGUCAACGAGUCACUUAAUCUUCAAACUGAAAGUAACUCAUCAGAAGACCAGAAUAAUGCUGAACUGCCGUUACCGAACUACGAUUUCAUACAAGAACCUCUUGAAGACAGUUUAGAAAAGUCAUCCGCUAUGGAGAUCCCUAAACUUUGA